UGCAAUUUCCCGCCCUUCUUGAUUCUCUCAGAGCUGCGCUGAAUCGGGGAGGAAAUGAUGGAAUCAACGCUGUCCGCUACGUCGGCGUUUUUCAUCAAAUUCGCCAAUUUCCCUCUCAUUGCUGCUCUUAUUGCCUGCCUUGUUGCCCAAUUCAUCAAAUUCUUCAUUUUCCGGUACAAGGAAGGGCAAUGGAAUUUCAAGAGACUUAUUGGAUAUGGUGGUAUGCCAUCAUCCCAUUCAGCCAUUGCAACUGCCCUAGCAGCAGCUAUUGCCUUGCAUGAGGGAUUUCGAGGACCACCUUUUGCCACCGUACUGGUUUCCGCUUGUGUGGUGAUGUGUGAUGGUAUAUGCGUGAGAUUAAAGGCACAGGCCGAACAACAAGCAGAGGUUGUGAAUCAAAACGAACCCGGACUUCCCACUGAGCCUCUUCUAGCUGUUGUGAAUCAAAACGAACCCGGACUUCCCACUGUGCCUCUUCUAGCUGUUGUGAAUCAAAACGAACCCGGACUUCCCACUGAGCCUCUUCUAGCUGUUGUGAAUCAAAACGAACCCGGACUUCCCACUGUGCCUCUUCUAGCUGUUGUGAAUCAAACCGAACCCGGACUUCCCACUGAGCCUCUUCUAGCUGGAAGCACACCACCAUCUGGAAGCACACUACUGCACAAGCUUUUGAGUCACACCUGGCUUGAGGUUGUCUUUGGUGGAUUAUUGGGAAUUGGCAUAGCAGUAAGUAUUCAUUCAACCAAAGUUUUGCAUGUGUACCAUUAUUGCGGAUCAGAUGUGCCCCAAGGCUACUGUAGAUUGCCGAAUAACACAUAUUCUUACUGAGUCUCUUAGCAGAAAUUAAACUUUUUUAGACAUACUGAAUGUAUACGAGAACAUGCACAUAUGUUGAUGUAUUGUGAAUGUAUAGGUGACAAUUGAUAAGUAGAAUGUGUUAA